AUGGAGCCGACAAUUGUGAACCGUACGAUCGUGCUGUGUAAAGUAACUGGCAACGCUGGGGGGACGGACCAGGUGGUGAAACUCGCCGGAGGAGUUGGGUUGGUGCUGCAGUUGACCAUGCCGGUGGACCAGGCCGAAACUUUCGAGAUUCCGGCGACCAUAAUAUCCAACGAGGCGGGCGCCAUCAUUAAAGAGUAUAUUGAAAGCCUUGGUCCCGAAGGGAAACCGGUGGCGAGGAUUGAGAAGUCUUAUGAUUUCACUGGCAAUGCGGUUUACGUACCCUCCUUCUCAGCCAGGGGACCGAACCCUCUUUACACAGAGAUCCUCAAGCCGGACUUGGUGGCUCCGGGCAUGAACAUCUUAGCCGCCUACCCCGACUACCUCC